AUGGUGAUUAAGCGAAGAUGCUCUACUACCGCUGACUGCGAAACGUUUCCCUGUUACUCAAAAGAGUUUAAAAAGAUUUGCAUUGACAACUUGUGCGAAUGCAAAAUACCAAAUAGUGAUGGCUCCGCCCAGACAACUGAAAAUGAAAGACCAUGUUCCAGUCAGAAGUGUUUGUACCAAAAUGAACAGCCAAUGAAUGUCGAACACGUGGGCUAA